AUGAGUCUUGCAGCACGCUCGAGCUUCGAGUACUACUAUUACUAUCCCUCCCUUGCUGCGGCGGUGAUAUUCAUCGUCUGCUUUCUGCUCACGACGCUUCUCCAUACGUACCAGCUCAUCCGCACCAAAACAUGGUUUUUCAUACCGUUUGUCAUCGGAGGUUACUUUGAAUGGAUCGGGUAUUGCGCCCGCGCUAUAUCGAGCAAUCAGUCCCCCAAUUGGACUCUAGGGCCAUUCCUAAUCCAGUCUUUGCUCCCUCUGGUUGCGCCGUCUCUGUUCGCUGCCAGUGUCUACAUGGAACUGGGGAGACUGAUCAUUAUUCUUCAUGCUCAGAAAUACAGUCUUAUCCGGGUGAACUGGCUAACCAAAACUUUCGUGACCGGGGAUGUCUUAUCCUUCUUACUCCAGGCUGGAGGGGCCGGUCUCAUGAGUAGUCAUUCCGAGAGUGGUGUGCAAACUGGCUCGCACGUCAUCGUCGUCGGUCUCGUCGUACAGAUCCUCUUCUUCGGCUUCUUCAUCAUCUCCACGGGCAUCUUCCACAAUCGAAUGAACAAUAACCCGACAUCAUACUCUCUUGGUUCGGGCAUAAACUGGCAGAAAUUAAUCUGGGUGCUGUACUCGGCCAGCGUUCUUAUCCUGGUCCGGUCAGUAUAUCGUCUUGUGGAAUACAUUGAGGGGUUCGGGGGGUAUUUGAUCUCGCAUGAGGCAUACCUCUAUGUAUUCGAUGCGUUGCUCAUGUUUGUGGUCAUGUUGAUAUUCCAUGUUGUUCAUCCAAGCGAGCUCAAUGCUUGGCUGAACUCAGGCGGCCUUGUCAGCAAGGGAUUUAGGUUUGAAAGGCUACGUGGGGGCGAAGUACCUAUCAACUAG